AUGGAAGGACAAGCGGAGAUGAACCCAGAUAUGAUGCAGAAGCAAAUUGAGCAAGCCCAAGCUCAACAGGAACAACAGGCUCAAAUGGAAGAAGCAAAGAACUCAAUGAUGAAGCAGAUCCUCUCUACCGAAGCACGUGAAAGAUUAAGCAACAUUCAAGCUGCGAAUCCAAAGAGAGCUGAACAAAUAGAAUCAAUUAUCAUCGGUAAUGCUAGAAACGGUACUAUCCAAGGAAAAGUGUCUGACGCCCAGCUGAUCGACCUAAUCGACCAAUUUGAUACCAAAAAGAGCCAAGAGACAACCGUUACUUUCAAGAGGAAGAACCUUAUCGACAGUGAUGAGGAAGAAGACCUUGAUGAAAUGUUCUCAUAGCCCUUUAACCUCCUUUGCAGCUCAAUUUA